AGAGGAGAGAGGACUGUACCAGGACAAAGUGUACUGCUUUGUCCAUCUGAGUGUUCAGGAGUUUCUGGCUGCUCUUCAUGUCCAUCUGACCUUCGUCAACUCCGGAGUCAAUCUGCUGGAAGAACAAGAAAAAGCUUAUCAUGACUCUGAAACAAGAAAAUCUGCAGAGACUCAUUUGUACAAGAGUGCUGUGGAUAAGGCGUUGCAGACUUUAAAUGGACACCUAGACCUCUUUCUUCGUUUCCUCUUGGGUUUUUCACUACAGACAAAUCAGACUCUCCUACGAGGCCUACUUACACAGACAGGGAGUUGCUCACAGACCAAUCAGGAAACAGUCCAGCAUAUCAAGAAGAAGCUCAGUGAGAAUUUGUCUGCAGAGAAAAGCAUAAACCUGUUCCACUGUUUAAAUGAACUGAACGAUCAUUCUCUUGUGGAGGAGAUCCAACAGUCCCUGAGUUCAGGAAGUCUCUCCACUGAUAAACUGUCUCCUGCUCAGUGGUCAGCUCUGGUCUUCAUCUUACUGUCAUCAACAAAAGAUCUGGAUGUGUUUGACCUGAAGAAAUACUCUGCUUCAGAGGAGGCUCUUCUGAGGCUGAUGCCAGUAGUUAAAACUUCCAGUAAAGCUCUGUUGAGCAGCUGUAACCUCUCAGUGAAAAGCUGUGGAGCUCUCACCUCAGUUCACAGUUUUCAGUCCUCCAAUUUGACAGAGCUGGACCUGAGUAACAAUGACCUGAGAGAUUCAGGGGUGAAAAAGUUGUCUUCUGGACUGACAAAUUUACACCUACAACUAGAAACGCUCAGGCUGUCUGGCUGUCUGAUCACACAAGAAGGUUGUUCUUCUCUGGCGUCAAGUCUGCCCUCUAGGGGCUCCCAUCUGAGAGAGCUGGACAUGAGCUACAAUCAUCCAGGAGAAGCAGGCGUGACUCUACUGAAGAAUCUGAAACUUGAAACUCUAAGGGUGGAGCCUGCUGGAGAACAUUGGUUGACACCAGGUCUGAGGAAGUAUUCCUGUCAACUCACAAUCGACACAAACACAGUAAAUAGAAAUCUCAAACUGUCUGACAACAACAGGAAGGUGACACGUGUGGAGGAGUUUCAGUCAUAUCCUGAUCAUCCAGACAGAUUUGAUGAUGGGUAUCCUCAGCUGUUGUGUAAAAAUGAUCUGAUUGGUCGCUGUUACUGGGAGGUUGAAUGGAGAGAACUGGCUGAGAUAUCAGUGAGUUACAGAAAAAUUGAAAGGAAAGGAGACAGUAAUGACUGUUUGUUUGGAAGGAAUGAUCAUUCAUGGAGUCUGUACUGCUCUCAUGACUAUGGAUUUGAUGUUUAUCACAAUAAGAAAAAAACAUGCAUCUCCCCCUAUUCCUCCUCCUCCUCUGUCUCUAACAGAGUAGCAGUGUAUGUGGACUGUCCUGCUGGCACUCUGUCCUUCUACAGAGUCUCCUCUGACACUCUGAUCCACCUCCACACCUUCAACACCACAUUCACUGAAACUCUUUAUCCUGGGUUUGGGUUAUGGUUUGGUCAGUCUGGUGCUUCAGUGAGUCUGUGUGUAGGUUAGUCUAAAGAGUGUCCUCCUGUUAGAGAAACACUCUGACUGUUGAACAGAUAGUUCAGUCUGUACAUGUCUGUCUCUUUCACUUAGAAACACGUUUUCAGACUCAUGGAUUCAAUCAGUUGAUGUUUUAAACUGUUCCGAAUAAUUCCUUGUAAACAUAUUCGUCUUCACCCCGCUAAAUAUGGAAGCUAUUCCAUAUGUUGUUUUUCUCUCUUUUUCUAGUCCAAGCAUCAUAGUGAAUACCAGUUUGUUGUUUCUAUAAAACUCAGUGCAGCUGAGAUAAUUCAGUUCAUCUCAGCUCUAGUUAGUUUGUUGCAGAUGAGACAAACUGUGAUAUCAGAGAGGAGUCACAGAGCUUAUCCAAAAGAUCAAUUUACAAAGUGCUCAGAUAUUGACACAUUAUUGUCAAGUGGACACAAAUUUCAAGAGCAGUCAGGGCUCAUUGUGAUGUUUAGUUUUGUUUUCAAAAUUAUGAAAUGAUAGUUGGACCUUCACUUGCUUCAGAUGAACAGAAUCAAUUUUUUGGGAUGAGCCUUGAAUCUGGAUUGUUUUCAUAUUUUGCAUUUUUUACACAAUGUUCCUGUUUUACUAGCUGGGGCCACAUCCUCAUUUAGGUUGAACAGUGUUUCUAGUAGUUAAUAGGAGAUGAGUUGAGCAUGAAUUGUUUCAGGCGCAGACUCUGAUUCAACAGGAAAAGUUCACGUUUAUUAGUAAACACUCAGCCCCAGAAUGAGCUCCGCCAAGGCAGAGAAUGUGAGAGCGAGAGAGAGAGAGAGAGCAGACAAUAGUAAACAAUAUAUAGCCCAGCGUGAGCCAGCCAGAGAGACCCGGGGACCAUGACAAAUUGAGGCUGCGGUUUGGGGAAGGCCUCAGAGGGGACAGGCAGCAGAUCCCAGGUCGGGCAGAUCCCCAUGUGCUAAAGAGAAGUAAAUGAGUUGAAAAAGGGAGGGGUGCACGAAAAUGAACAGUCUGUAAUGCUGGGAAUCGUUUCUUUCUUUAUUGUAAUGUAAAUAUGUUUCUGUAACUCUAAUAAAGCCAUUCUUCAUGUCA